CAUCUAGAACAAUAACAACAUGCAUCUUUCAUUUGUAUACUACAACUACCUCAUCAACACCAAUCCAUUAUAAAUACUAAACACACACUCCUCUCCAUCCUAUCCCAUCCACUCCUCAAUACCCGGAAACACUCAUCUCUUCACUUAACCUAAACCACCACCACCAUCAUAAACCACCACCAUGAACCUACCACCAAAAACAUACAUAAUCGAAGCCGAAGAAGCCAAAUCAAUGGCAAAAUCCAAAAACCUCACCCUCCCUCAACUCCUACCAUCACUUAUCAAAUCAGCCCAAAAUCUUGCCAAUCCACCCAUCUCAAACUUCGCCGUCGGCGUCGUCGGAUUAACCUCCGACGGCCGGAUUUUCUUCGGCGGCAACAUUGAAUUCCCCGGUCUCCCACUCCACCACACUAUCCACGGCGAACAGUUUUUCAUCACCAACCUCGCCGCCCACGCCGCCGGCGCAAAACUGCUGUACCUCGCCGUCUCCGCCGCCCCUUGCGGCCAUUGCCGCCAGUUUUUUCAAGAACUCCGAGGAAUCUCCGAUACCCAGAUCGUAAUCACCGAUCAGCCUCAAGAAAACCCGGAUUACAAACCCUUUUCGUCGAUUUUACCACACCCUUUCGGUCCCUUUGAUUUGUUGGAUGAAAAUACUCCGCUAAUUCUUGAAAAACAUAACAACCAAUUGACACUCAAAGAUGGUAACUUUAUCAUCCAAGACGAAAAAAUGUGUGAUUUACCAAAUGGGUUUUCCGAUUUAAAUGCUAAAAAUGAAGAAUUUUUUAAAACAGAGGCUUCAGCGGCGGCGCGUGGAUCACACGCGCCUCCGAAAGAUGGUAACUUUAUCAACCAAGACGAAAAUACGUUCGAUUUAUCAAAUGGGUUUUGCAAAUUGAUCGCGAAAAACAAAGAAUUUUUGAAAAGUGAGGCUUUGGCGGCGGCGCGUGGGUCGCACGCGCCGUACAGUGGGUGUCCGUCGGGGGUGGCGUUGAUGGACUGUGAAGGGAAAGUGUAUAAAGGAUCGUAUAUGGAGUCUGCGGCGUAUAACCCGAGUAUGAUGCCGGUGCAGGCGGCGUUAGUGGCGUAUAUGGUGGCCGGCGGUGGUGGGUAUGAGAAGAUAGUGGCGGCGGUGGUGGUGGAGAAAGAAGGGGUGGUGGUGCGGCAGGAGGAUACGGCGAGGUUGGUUUUGAAACAUCUUUCACCGAAAUGUGAGUUCCGAGUGGUUUAUUGUAACUGAUUUUGACUAGAUCACUUUAUAUGGUUUUUAUGUAAGGGUGCUACUUUCUACACCCCCCUAUUUACUUUUUUCACCCCCUUCCUCUCACAUACUUACAGGUGGGGCCUGCGUGGGACCGACAGUUUUCCUCUCAAAAGGGGGUAUAAUCAGGAAAGAGGGGGGGUGCGUAUAGAAUGAGCCUUAUGUAACUGAUUUGACUAGAUCAGUUUAUAUGGUUUUUAUAAGUAUUGGAAUGGAAUGGAAUAUUAUAUUGACAUGUUAUUUA